AAGAAUUAGGAGCUGCUGACAUUUCAAUCAAUAUGAAGGACAACUUCACCCUUGCCACCAUCAGCAAAAACAUUACCAGCAGUCUUCACGUCGGACUUCUGAACAUUUCUGGCAAUGAGUCUACCUUUAACUGCUCUCAUAAGCCAUCAGAUAAGCAUUUAGAUGCAAUUCCUAUUCUCUACUACAUUAUUUUUGUGGUUGGAUUUCUUGUCAAUACUAUCGUGGUUACACUGUUUUGUUGUCAAAAGGGUCCUAAAAAGGUUUCCAGCAUUUACAUCUUCAACCUGGCUGUGGCUGACUUACUGCUUUUGGCUACUCUUCCUCUCUGGGCAACCUACUAUUCUUACAGAUAUGACUGGCUCUUUGGACCUGUAAUGUGUAAAGUUUUUGGUUCUUUCCUGACCCUGAACAUGUUUGCAAGCAUUUUUUUUAUCACCUGCAUGAGUGUUGAUAGGUACCAAUCUGUCAUCUACCCCUUUCUGUCUCAAAGAAGAAAUCCCUGGCAAGCAUCUUACAUAGUUCCACUUGUUUGGUGUAUGGCCUGUCUGUCCUCAUUGCCAACAUUUUACUUCCGAGAUGUCAGAACAAUUGAAUAUUUAGGAGUGAAUGCUUGCAUUAUGGCUUUCCCACCUGAGAAAUAUGCCCAAUGGUCAGCUGGGAUUGCCUUAAUGAAAAAUAUCCUUGGUUUUAUUAUCCCUUUAAUAUUCAUAGCAACAUGCUAUUUUGGAAUCAGAAAACACCUACUGAAGACCAAUAGCUAUGGGAAGAACAGAAUAACUCGUGACCAAGUCCUGAAGAUGGCAGCUGCUGUUGUUCUGGCGUUCAUCAUCUGUUGGCUUCCCUUCCAUGUUCUGACCUUCCUGGAUGCUCUGGCCUGGAUGGGUGUCAUUAAUAGCUGUGAAGUUAUAGCAGUCAUUGACCUGGCACUUCCUUUUGCCAUCCUCCUGGGAUUCACCAACAGCUGCAUUAAUCCCUUUUUGUAUUGUUUUGUUGGAAACCGGUUCCAACAGAAGCUCCGCCGUGUGUUUAGGGUUCCAAUUACUUGGCUCCAAGGCAAGAGAGAGAGCGUGUCAUGCCGAAAAAGCAGUUCCCUUAGAGAAAUGGAGACCUUUGUGUCUUAA